AUGGACGACAUCCUGGCUCCUCUCCAAGAUGCCUUUGAAGGCCAGAUUGACUUCCACGGCCAGCGCCUCGCUGAGCUCCUCAGCACAGCGCUACUGAUUAUAUUCGGAGCCAUCAGCUUCGUCAUCGGAUACCUCUACAAAGACAUCCACCUUACGCUUUGGGUCGGUCUCGGCGGAACACUCUUCACAGGUCUCGUGGUUAUCCCUCCGUGGCCUUUCUAUAACAUGAACCCGGAGAUGUGGUUGCCUUCGCGGAAGGCGGGGCCGUCAGUUCUUGUUGAUGGUGUGAAGGUGGAUUGA